CGGUGGUCUGGCCUGGCUGUGAUGAUUCUUGCGUGAUUGCCAAUGGCCUGGAUCUCGAUACUUCAGGACUCGGCGAAUUCCACUUUAAAAACAUGACGAGGCCACCGCAAGCGACGUUUUUAAACUGGAGAGACGCUAAGCUCGUCAGAAGAAUAUCCUCACUCUUCACUAGACCGACGACAGGGCUAUCGCCACCAAUAUAAAUCUGCAUCCGUCGAUAAUCUCCUUGACCGCGGCCGCCCUCAACAAUGGGUUUGUGGGUUCUGGAACCGAAGUCAUGCGACAAAGUCCCAGGGACUGUGUACAUCGAACGCGAAGAUGAGCAGUCACGCAUCAGGACUGCCCAUCUCAAGAUGGGUACUGGCCGUCAUGAGGGCGUCAUUCUGGUGCCGCAGCCAUCGGACUCGCCCAACGAUCCCUUGAACUGGCCAGAGCGUGAAAAGGUCUUCCACAGCGUCUUCCUCGCCAUCGGCAGCGGCCUCUCCUCUGGAACCGCCUUCUUCCUGAACCCUUCCCACGGCGUCAUGGCCAAGGAAAUCGGCACCACGGUCACUCAGCUCUCCCGCUCGGUCAGCUUCUUGAUGCUCACCCUCGGCAUCGCCGGUAUCCUCACGACGCCGCUGGCACGCAUUUACGGCAAGAGGCCCGUCUUUGUCGGGCUGGGAAUCAUUGGCAUUGUUGGAUACGGUGUGAUUCUCGCGAACCCGCGUGAUAUGCGCUACAUCUACGCUGGCCGCUCUCUCUGGGGUGCCUGCGUCGCCGCUCUGCAGUAUCUUGUCAGCUCCAGCGUCGGCGACCUGUUCUUUGUCCACCAGCGGGGCUUCCAUCUCGCCCUGUGGCAUUUUGGACUCUCUGGUGGGAAUGCGCUGGGUCAGGUCAUAGCAAGCCAGGUUGUGCAGGGGCAGAGCUAUGUUUGGGCAUUCCGAUACGCCGUAAUCUUCAUGUCAGCGUACAAUUUCCUCCUCUUCCUACUAAUUCCAGAGACAACCUACAAUCGCCCAAAAAAGUUUGACACGGACGUGCGUGAGGUUCUAGCAGACGAGUCAGACCACGCCGGUAGCCAGUUGCCAGAUGGCGAGAAAUCCCGACUCGAAGCUACAGCUGUUGUCGACGCCUCGGAUGCCGAGAGCGGCAGCCCACCCGAGAGACGCAAGACCUGGAUUCAAGGACUUAAGCUCUACAACGGCCGCUUCAGCGACGAAAACUACCUCCGCGCCGUCCUCUCACCCUUCGUUACGCUCAUCCUCCCGGCCGUCCACUGGGCCGCAUACUCAUACGGCCUGACCGUGGCCUUUGCAGCAGCGAUCUCCGUCUGCCUGGCGCAGAUCUUCACGGUGGCUCCCUACAACUUCUCGACCGGCGCUGUCGGACUAACAGCGCUCUCCCCGUUUGUCGGAAAUAUCAUCGGCAACUUCAUCCCCGGCCCCGUGGCCGACUGGCUGGUGACGUACAUGGCCCGCAAGAACGACGGCAUCUACGAGCCCGAGUUCCGCAACAUCCUCUGCGUGCCGGCGCUCGUAGCGGGCGCCGCAGGCUUCUGGGGAUUCGGCCUGUCGAUCCACUACCGCAUCAACUGGUUUGCCCCCGUCUUCUUCUUUGGCUUGUCGGCGUUCGGCGGCGCCAUCAUGUCGUUGGUCUCGAAUACGUACUUGCUCGACUGCCACCGCAAGUACGCCCAGGAUUCGUAUGCCGCCGUGACGUUGAUCAAGGCGGUCUCGACCUUCGCCAUUUCCUUCUUUGUCAAUGACUGGCUGGCCAAGUAUGGGCCGAUCAACGUCUUUUUCGUCAUUGGUUCCAUCCAUGUGGUCGGUUGCCUCUACGGGUUGUUUCUCUAUGUAUAUGGCAAGAGGCUUCGCCUUGCAAUCCAUCAAUCUCAAUCAAUCCAGAAGCUCCUUCGCUGGUGUGGAAAUGGCGAGUAACGGUGGGAGAAACCGGUGGUUCCUGAAACAUACUGGGUGGUGAGUGGUCAGCCUGGCAAAAACGGUCUGCAAUCGAAUCAUCGUCGGUCCAAUCAGGAGAAUGUUAAGAUAUUCCUAUAUAAGGAGACCUCUAUAGCCCUUCACAUUGACAAAUCAGACCUUUCAUUGUUGAAGUUACCGUUAAUUUACCACUGUGAGCACUAAGCGAGGUUCUCGAUAUUAGUUUACCUUUUGCAUAGCCUCUAGUACUCAAGAUUACAUGGAGGACGCAAUAACACCG